GCUGGCCAUGGGCCCCGCAGCGCGGCUGGCGGCGCUGCUGCUAUUCCUGUUGGCUCUCGGGCCCCAGACUCUGGUGGGGCCCGCGGCGCGAGGGGACACAUUUUCGGCCCUGACCAGCGUGGCACGCGCCCUGGCGCCCGAGCGCCGGCUGCUGGCCCUGCUGCGGCGUUACCUGCGCGUGGAAGAGGCGCGGCUGCGGGACCUGACCAGAUUCUACAACAAGGUGCUUUCUUUGCACGAGGAUCCAGCAACCCCUGUGGCUAACCCUCUGCUUGCAUUUACUCUCAUUAAACGCCUGCAGUCAGACUGGAGGAAUGUGGUUCAUAGUCUGGAGGCCAGUGAGAACAUCCAAGCCCUGAAGGAUGGCUAUGAUACGGUGGAGAAAGACCUUCCAGCCUUUGAGGACCUUGAAGGAGCAGCAAGGGCCUUGAUGCGGCUGCAGGAUGUGUACAUGCUCAAUGUGAAGGGGCUGGCCCGAGGGGUCUUCCAGAGGGUCACUGACUCUGCCAUCACUGACCUUUAUAAUCCCAGGCCACUUUUCUCCCUCACAGCAGAUGACUGCUUCCAAGUUGGCAAGGUGGCCUAUGACAUGGGGGAUUACUACCAUGCCAUUCCAUGGCUGGAGGAGGCUGCCAGUCUCUUCCGAGGAUCUUAUGGAGAGUGGAACACCGAGGAUGAGGCCAGUCUAGAGGACACCUUGGAUCACUUGGCUUUUGCCUAUUUCCAGGCAGGAAAUGUUUCGAACGCCCUCAGCCUCUCCCGAGAGUUUCUUCUCUACAGUCCAGAUAAUAAGAGGAUGACCAGGAAUGUCUUGAAAUAUGAAAGGCUCCUGGCAGAGAGCCCCAAACGAAUGGUAGCUGAAGCUGUCAUCCAGAGGCCCAAUGUUCCCCACCUGCAGACCAGGGACACCUAUGAGGGAUUAUGUCAGACCCUAGGUUCCCAGCCCAUUCACUAUCAGAUCCCUAGCCUCUACUGCUCCUACGAGACCAACUCGAGCCCCUACCUGCUUCUCCAGCCUGUCCGGAAGGAGGUCAUCCACCUGAAGCCCUACGUUGCCCUCUACCACGACUUUGUCAGUGACUUGGAGGCUCAGAAAAUUAGGGAUCUUGCAGAACCGUGGCUGCAGAGGUCUGUGGUGGCAUCCGGUGAAAAGCAGCUACAAGUGGACUACCGCAUCAGCAAAAGUGCCUGGCUGAAGAACACUGUUGACCCAAUGCUGGUGACCCUGGACCACCGCAUUGCUGCACUCACAGGCCUUGAUAUCCAGCCCCCCUAUGCAGAAUAUCUCCAGGUGGUGAACUAUGGAAUCGGAGGACACUAUGAGCCUCACUUCGAUCAUGCUACGUCACCAAGCAGUCCUCUGUACAGAAUGAAGUCUGGGAACCGAGUGGCCACAUUCAUGAUCUAUCUGAGCGCCGUGGAAGCUGGAGGAGCCACAGCCUUUAUCUAUGCCAACUUUAGCAUGCCUGUGGUGAAGAAUGCAGCGCUGUUUUGGUGGAACCUGCAUAGGAGUGGUGAAGGGGACAGUGACACCCUUCAUGCUGGUUGUCCCGUCCUGGUGGGAGAUAAAUGGGUGGCCAACAAGUGGAUACAUGAGUAUGGACAGGAAUUCCGCAGACCCUGCAGCUCGAGCCCUGAAGACUGAAAUGUGGGCAAAGAGAAGUUGGUGCAGUUAUGUAGCUUUCCAGAGAAACCAGAGCCAAAUGCUAGGAUUGGAGAGGCAAAAGGAGAGUAGCUUUCUGGAAGAGGGCUCUCGUCAGCCUUGGCUGUUCCUUGAAUAUGGGAGAUAAAAAGGAGACAUCUGAGAAUUUGCAUUU